GAAUUCUAUUAGAACUGUCAAAAGGACUUUUACACAAUAAAUAUUUUGCAUUUUAGAGUUUUUCUAAAAAAAUGGAACCUAGUUCAGCAACCCCUAGUUCAACAGAAGAUGUAUGCAAAAGCAAAAUUGUACGUAAACCAAAUGCUGAUAUGGAGGAUGAGUUAUUGGAGAAAUGUUGGGUAGCAAGCUACAAAGGCGACAGUAAACCAUUUCUAAUAAGAGAUGGAUCAUUUGUAUAUCCCAGAGAAAAGGACUGUUCAACGAUGAAGUCAUCCUAUCAGUACCCCGUUCCUGAUGAUAGAACAGCUUUAGGUGUCAGGAAAACUAAAUUAUUAAAACAAUUCGAGGAAGAAGCCAUAAAGGAGGUAACAGACGAAGGGGAGCCUCCUGUGUCAAUCGGGGAUUAUGAUAGUGUAUAUAAUCGGUUUUUCAGAAAAGAAGGAUUCGAACCCGACGACCAAUUCUACACAAGAAACGAGGAAUUAUAUAAAAAAUAUCCGCUUUAUUCUUCCCUGCCAACUACGUUUACAUCAUUCAAAUUGAAACAAGACAAAAAUAAGAAACCGGACGGAGUCACUCCAACAAUCUAUAACAACCAACCUUUUAGAAAGUGCGGCCAAUUUUCGAAACCAAUCAGUGAAGUCCUAGAUACUCGUUAUUGGUGAAAUUGUAAAAUUUUAUAAAAAAAAAUAUUUACAAUUA